UUAGAUCCAUAAAUAAAUUCACUAACAAAAAUAUUUUAUCUUUCUCAUUUGCAAACACUUGAAGGUGAAUUCCAUGGCCUCCAUCUCCUCCAUUGCUAAAAGGCUAGAGGGCAAAGUCGCGAUCAUAACAGGUGGCGCUAGCGGAAUUGGUGAAGCAACGACGAGACUUUUCAUCGAACAUGGCGCGAAAGUAGUGAUUGCAGACGUUCAAGACGAUCUUGGCCAAUCCAUCGUUAAAGAAAUAGGCGAAAAUAGUGAUGUCUGCUACGUGCAUUGCGAUGUUAGUGUGGAAAAAGAUGUCGAAAAUGCAGUGAACGUCGCAGUUUCCAGGUACGGCAAGCUCGACAUCAUGUUCAGCAACGCUGGAGUCUCAGAGGAACUUGAUUCCACCAUCCUGAAAUCCGACUACGAAAAUUUCAAAAAGGUAUUCGACGUGAACGUCUUCGGUGCAUUAAUGUGCUCCAAACACGCUGCACGUGUGAUGAUUCCGGCUAAAAAAGGUGUCAUUAUUUUCACCUCGAGUGUCGCGUCGGUCACGUGUGGUGGGACCGUGCACACGUAUUUGGCAUCGAAGCACGCGAUAGUGGGCCUAGCCAAGAAUUUGGGGGUUGAAUUAGGACAACAUGGAAUUAGAGUGAAUUGUGUUUCACCAUUUGGUGUUCCAACACCAAUGUUGAUGAAGGGUCUUGGAAUUAACGAGAAAAAAAAGGUUGAAGAAUUUGUAUGUCAAAUUGCAAAUCUUAAAGGGACAAUAUCACACGUUGAGGAUGUUGCCCAAACAACAUUGUACCUUGCUAGUGAUGAAUCAAAGUAUAUAAGUGGAAUGAAUAUUAUAAUUGAUGGUGGAUUUAGUACUACCAAUGUUGCUCUCAAGCAAGGUAUCGAGACGUUGCGUUAUUAAAUAUACUUUGAUCGUCACUGAAGUUCUGUCGUAUGAUUAAUGCUGUCACUGAAGUUUCGUCGUACGAUUAAUGCAGCUGUGAUGUAAUACUGAAAGAAUCAUUUUAUGUAACACCAAUUUGAUGUGAUAGGAUCA